AAGAUAAAGAGAGAGGAAGAAAGGAGCUUGCGUCGAUGUUGUCACGUGACGCGCUUUGUCCAAUCCACUGUCGCGCUGGCUCUCGCGUAAACGUCCCGGAUGUUUCGAGAACUUUCGCGCAGCAGACGACGAGGGCUUAUAAAAGCAGACGACGCAGCGCGGCGGGCAAGAAUUUCAAACUCGACAACGAAGAAGAGCAUUUGCGCCUUUGGCUACGAAGGCUGUUCGUUGACUGCAUUUUUCAACACGAAAGAGAUGGCGUUGUUCCCGCUACUCUACCGAGACAACUGGGGGCCGUCGGAACUGGCACGCCGCUUCUUCAACGACGACUUCGGCCGAGUUUUACUCGACGGUGAGCUGUUUGACCCUCCGUUCUUCCACCAACGGUUCUAUGUCGAACCUUACAACCGAGGCAGAUCGGACUCGACCCGAGCCGUAGCCGAACAGGGUUCGGCAGUAUCGUGCACACCGGACAAGUUCGCCAUCAGCGUCGACACCCGCCACUUCGCUCCGGAAGAGAUCACCGUCAAGACGCAGGACAACUGCAUCGUCAUUCACGGCAAGCACGAAGAAAAGUCGGACGACCGCGGCUGCUACAUCAUGCGCGAGUUCAGCCGACGCUACGUCUUGCCCGAAGACGUCGAGCCCGAGUCGGUCAAGUGUCACCUGAACCCAUCGGGCUACCUGUCCCUGGAAGCUCCUCGUAAAAACGCACCCAAGAAAGAAGACACGAACAAGCCGAUCCCGAUAGAAAUCAAGCACGAGUCCAGCGCGGGCGGCGACAAAAAGUGAGCUUAAUCUAAAACUUACGAAGUCAGAUCCGGCACCUCAGUUUGCCUCUCUCGGCGUGCCACGACCUUACGUGAACGUGUGUCGUUCCUGUGAAAGAACUACUUCCUCCGUUCCAUCAGUCGAUCAAAAACUGAAUGCGUACUCCUACCGUGGACAAACAUAUCAACCCGAGACUUAGCCAAAACAGGAAGAUCUUUGUUUGUGAGCAGGUACUCGGCACUCAAAACCUAACGGAGUGAUAACAAAAGCAUCGGUCGUCUUGCCGAGGCUGUUCAUGUUGUACCUGUCAUAUAGGUGUUAAUAGCUAAUAAAGUUUUUGAAGGUUCCAAUUA